AUGGACCAUGCGGGCCGAUUACAGUGUGACUGGCAAACCUGCUUCAAAAGUUUUUACCGCAACGCUGACUUGCAGCGACAUUACCGUAUCCAUACGGGGGACCGACCACACUUGUGCCCAACUCCGGGUUGUGGCAAGAGCUUCAGCCAGAGGAGCGCUCUCACCAUUCACACCCGAACGCAUACAGGCGAGAAGCCUUACUUAUGCCCGCAGAUUGGCUGCGGUAAAGGAUUUGCAGAUGCUUCCCGUCUUACAAAACAUCGCUGGAUCCAUACGGGCAGACGACCAUACAAGUGCACUCAGAAAAGGUGCUUAAAAAGGUCCGUAUUCCUCCAUUGA